AUGGUCCUAAUAUUAGGACGAAGACUAAACAGAGAGGAUCUCGGGGUGCGUGAUUCCCCAGCAACGAAGCGUAAAGUUUUUGAGAUGGACCCUAAAUCUCUGACAGGCCAUGAAUUUUUCGACUUCUCUUCAGGAUCAUCCCACGCUGAAAACAUACUCCAGAUAUUUAAUGAAUUCCGAGAUAACCGAUUAUUCACAGAUGUCAUCAUUUGUGUGGAAGGGAAAGAAUUUCCUUGCCACAGAGCUGUUCUGUCAGCCUGUAGUAGCUACUUCAGAGCUAUGUUUUGUAAUGACCACAGGGAAAGCCGAGAAAUGUUGGUUGAAAUCAAUGGCAUUUUAGCCGAAGCUAUGGAAUGUUUUUUGCAGUAUGUGUAUACUGGGAAGGUGAAGAUCACUACAGAGAACGUACAGUACAUCUUUGAAACAUCAAGCCUCUUUCAGAUCAGCGUUCUCCGAGAUGCGUGCGCCAAGUUCUUGGAGGAGCAACUUGAUCCUUGUAAUUGCUUAGGAAUUCAGCGCUUUGCCGAUACCCAUUCGCUCAAGACACUCUUCACAAAAUGCAAGACUUUCGCGUUACAGACUUUUGAGGAUGUGUCCCAGCACGAAGAAUUUCUUGAGCUUGACAAAGAUGAACUUAUUGAUUAUAUUUGUAGUGAUGAACUUGUUAUUAGUAAAGAGGAGAUGGUUUUUGAAGCUGUCAUGCGUUGGGUCUAUCGUGCUGUCGAUCUGAGAAGACCACUAUUACAUGAGCUCCUGACACAUGUGAGACUCCCUCUGUUGCAUCCCAACUACUUUGUUCAGACAGUUGAGGUGGACCAAUUGAUCCAGAAUUCUCCUGAGUGUUACCAGUUGUUGCACGAAGCAAGGCGGUACCACAUUCUUGGGAAUGAAAUGAUGUCUCCAAGGACUAGGCCACGAAGGUCGACCGGCUAUUCUGAGGUGAUAGUCGUCGUUGGCGGCUGUGAACGCGUCGGAGGGUUUAACCUUCCAUACACUGAGUGCUAUGAUCCUGUGACCGGAGAAUGGAAGUCUUUGGCUAAGCUUCCAGAAUUCACCAAAUCAGAGUAUGCAGUCUGUGCACUAAGGAAUGACAUUCUUGUUUCAGGUGGAAGAAUCAAUGGCCGUGAUGUCUGGAUUUAUAAUUCACAGUUAAAUAUUUGGAUCAGAGUUGCUUCUCUAAACAAAGGCAGAUGGCGUCACAAAAUGGCUGUCCUCCUGGGUAAAGUAUAUGUUGUUGGAGGCUAUGAUGGGCAGAACAGACUUAGCAGCGUAGAAUGUUACGAUUCCUUUUCAAAUCGAUGGACUGAAGUUGCUCCCCUGAAGGAAGCAGUGAGUUCUCCUGCUGUGACCAGCUGUGUAGGCAAACUGUUUGUGAUUGGUGGAGGACCUGAUGAUAAUACUUGUUCUGAUAAGGUUCAAUCUUAUGAUCCAGAAACCAAUUCUUGGCUACUUCGUGCAGCUAUUCCAAUUGCCAAGAGAUGUAUAACAGCUGUAUCCUUAAACAACUUGAUAUAUGUUGCUGGCGGACUGACCAAGGCAAUAUACUGUUACGAUCCAGUUGAAGAUUACUGGAUGCACGUACAGAAUACAUUCAGCCGGCAGGAAAACUGUGGUAUGUCUGUGUGUAACGGUAAAAUAUAUAUCCUGGGUGGAAGACGGGAAAAUGGAGAAGCCACAGACACUAUUCUCUGUUAUGAUCCUGCAACGAGCAUCAUCACAGGGGUAGCUGCGAUGCCCAGGCCCGUGUCCUAUCAUGGCUGUGUGACUAUCCACAGAUACAAUGAGAAAUGCUUUAAGCUCUAA